AGAGGGUGGCGACACCAUGCGGCAGCCGUCGUAACCCUCGAUAAGGGGAUGCCCGCGCAGCCUGCCCACUCGGCAUCGGAGGUACAGUGCGCUGGUGCGUUGUUUUUAGUUGCGGUAGCUUUUUACGGCGGUUUUUCUCAACUCGGUAGUGAACAACAAAGCUCAGACAGGUACUGCGAGUCGUAGUGGCAUUCUUUUGACGUAUCGUUUCCUCAGUAUGAGCAAGAAGUACAAGAGCAACAAAAUGUGCUGUGUGCCGCAGUGCACACACCGUGCAGUCAAAGGCGAGGUAAGCCUACACUCGUUUCCUUGUGAUGAACGACUGAAAAAGGAGUGGGCAGUGAAACUGCGAAUUGGGAAGCCUGUCACGAAAACGAUGAUGGUGUGCAGCGCACACUUUGUGCCCGAAGAUUUCUUCUGGGGUACAACUGCACCACAAAUUUGGAGACCAGCCCGGAGACAACUGAAGAAGACGGCAGUACCAUCACGGUGUCUACCUGUGCGGAGCCUUGAUAACAAAGAUCCAGCAAGAAACCAGGCAUCAGCUGAAAGAGCCUUGCGAGCAUCGGCAAGAGCAGCAAGACUCCAGACUGUUGAUCCACUUGACGGCCUGAUAGAUGAUUCAGAAAGUGCAAGUCUAGCCUGUGUAAGUUUUGAAUAAAAUUCAUGUGAUCAAGCUUCCAAAGCUCGAUAUGGCCUUCUUCAUAGCUGGUUACAUUAAGCAAAUCAGUUCGACACCUAAACGAGUUUAGGGGUGGCUAAAAACUUGCAUUCUCACAAUGUGUAACUCACUUCUGGAUGCCCUGUUAUGCGAGAUAUACAAGUAUUAUGUACAUUUUUAUUCAAAAACAUUUGCAGUGUUAAACUUUGCUUUCAGUAUUUGUAUUCAGUGUAGCAUUGUUCAUGUAUUCAAUGUCAAUGUAGCAAAAACAUACCAUUUCUGCCUUGUUCGUAAAGUUUGUCUAUCCAUUAUCUGUCUGUAUUAUCAGGAAAUCAUCAGUACGUGAAAGUGGAAGCAAGGUCACAGAGCACACGGGGGAAGAUGACGCUGCUGAGGCUCUUCUUCACCUUGCUGCCCACCCAAGAGAGUUUGAAGACAUGGAUAGUGCUGCAAUCGACACCCUCCUGCAGUUUAACCAGAGGCAGACUGCAUCUAUUAAUAAGGCUGUGCAGGUUAACCCAGGCACCGUACCCGGCACUUGUAGAACACUCAUUGACCUGUUUCACAGUGAUGCUUGUGUUAAAGCUUUCACAGGUGUAGAGGAUUUGAGACUUCUUAUGGCUAUUGCUAAUGCUGUGGCUGAAGUUGACGAUAUGAAAUCUGAAAGGAGUGUAUUAGAACGAGUGACAAUAGUGCUUGUUCGCCUGAAGACUUUUCUGUCCUUUAGGUGCUUAGCCACAUUAUUUUCAGUGUCUGAGACGACAGUACACCGUUAUUUUUAUGGCACAAUACGCCCCUUGGCAGCUGUCCUGGAAGCAGCUAUCCCAUGGCCGAGCAAGGCAGAAGUGCAACAGAAUCAGCCUCAAUGCUUUGCAAUGUACAGGGAUGUCAGAAUCGUGCUUGACUGCACAGAAGUUGAGGUGGAAAAAUCUCAUUGUGCGUCAUGUCGAAUUCUUACAUAUUCCCACUACAAAGGUGUUCACACAGUUAAAGUUUUGGUUGGUGUAUCCCCAGGUGCACUAAUCACAUUUUUGAGUGACUGUUUUGGAGGCCGUGCCUCUGAUAAAGCGUGUGUGGAUGAUUCAAAUAUAUUGGGUAGACUAGAGCCUUUCAAGGAUGACGUCAUGGUAGACAAAGGGUUCAAUAUUGACAGUAGAUGUGUAAGCCUGGGGAUUGGUGUUGUGCAGCCUCCAUUUCUGCGGAAGCAGGCACAGUUUUCACAGGAAGAUGCAGCCAAAACCCUGCAAGUUGCCCGGGCACGUGUACAUGUAGAAAGGGCGAUUCAACGCUUGAAACUGUUUAGAAUACUGAAGGGCCCAUUGCCCUGGGAGAUGUUGGCCGUUGUUGAUGAGGCAAUGAUUAUCAUAGCCGGCAUCGUUAAUCUGUCUGCACCUGUGCUCGCAGACAGAAGAUUUUAGAUGUUUUUGACUCGUGCACAUACAGACAGUGGUGUGUAUGUAGGGUUACGUUCAACAAUUUCAGCCAGUUGCUCACCUUUGAACAAUAAACACAGGAAAUCUUUCGUUGAAUGUGUGUGUGUAAGUGACCACAUGUGUUGAAAAUUAAGCUUUACAGAAUUUUUAAAAAUCGCCCGUGGAGGUAGCAUAAUUCUUAAUGUCGAGCUGGGUUAUUCGAUGAGGCGGACAUUAGUAGCACAAGAAAUCGAAACACAUAUUCAACUAAUUAACUUUUCUGUUAAUAACUUUACGACACAUAUUGCAAUUUACAAAUUGUAGCCGGUGAGCUGGUCAGGUGUAUCCACUUGGAAUGAAUUUCCAGAAUGACACCAGUUUGGAGAUAUGCACCAUCAAACUCGCCGUAAAAAUGCACUGUUGUACUGUUACUUUUUUAACAAUGUGCUGUUUUAUACAUUGAAGUACAAAAGUCUCAGGAGGUUAACUUUGCUUAAAUAUAAGUAGAGUUGGAUUGUGUGUUUUGGAUGUUUGUUUCAUUGAUGACCAGAUUGUAGACAUUCUUGCAUGUUUAUUUUUCAUGCAGUCUCCUGUCUGACAUACUUGACAAGCUCUGGCAAGUAAUGUUCAAAAUAAACAUACUGCAAUCGCCGGAUCAAGCUGUCAAUAAAUGACAUACACCUCCUCACAACUAUUAUCAAAGAUUCCACCUCACUGUACACAAUAAGGUGGGCUUCUUCCAAGUCCAAAAGAAAUAGUCCCAAUUGCACUUGUGUGUAGUAGCAAUGUGUCGGUCUCAAGGUAUAAUUUUCGCCUUGGGACAAAAUGUACGGCACUUUCUUCUGCUUUACAAGGUCGGAAAUUCUUUCCGUUUUGCCACGUGUUGGACUUUUAAUUUCCAGCAAGACAGCUGGCUUUCCAUCUCUGAAAACAAUUCCAUCUGGGCUGAAGCCAAGCCAUGGAACUAUAGGGUUUACAACAAGGCCCACUGUCGACACUGCAUCACCAGUGUUCAAUGCAUAUUCUUCGAGAGCUGGCUUCUCGCA